GCGAGCGGCGUGCGCGGCGGCCGGGCUUUGCGGACGAAGGCAGCCUGACCCUGUUCCGCCCGAACUGCCUUGUAGGGUCACCAUGGUCUACUUCUUACACCCGUCGCAGGCGCCGCGGAACCUCGUGCCCCCCGACGCCCAGAGGGACGCCCAGGGCUGGCGCGUGGCGCAGGAAGAGGCCUCACCGUAUGCUUUGGUCAGUUCUUGCCUGAAUGUCCUGAUUGCUAAUCUUGAGAAGUUGUGUCCUGAGAGACCUGAUGGAACCCUGUGCCUUCCAGAACAUUGGACUUUCCCACAAGAAGUCGCUGACCAGUUCCUUGAGAUGCUGAGUUGGCAAGGAAAGCUGACUGAUAAGACAGCAAGCAUUUUCCAGGGCAACCAAAUGAACCUGAAGCUGGCCAAUAUCCAAAGAGUAAAAAUCUCUGCCGCUGCCUUCAUUAACUGCUUCUGCCAUCAUAAGCUCCUUGAAGUGGAUGCUACUGGAGUAGACUCUGAGCUUUCAGUUCCAGACAUCAUACAUGGACUCUGCAGCAGUAGCUGGAUCCAGCAAAACCUCCGGUGUCUCCUCUUAGACUCAGCAAGUGUCCCUCUCAAUUCAGGACUGUUGGCCUUUGGUCAGCUCGUCGGCCUUCGCACUUUAAAUGUUUCCAAUAUUUGCUUUCAUAGUGAAGAUCUUGCUGAUGUUUCUCAGUUACCAAGCCUGGAAAACUUGGAUAUCUCUAAUACUCAGAUAACUACCAUCUCUGCACUCCUUACUUGUAAGGAUCGACUCAAGUCUCUGACCAUGCACUAUCUGAAAUGCCUAGCCAUGACGAAAUCACAGAUUUUUGCAGUCAUUAAAGAACUUAAAUGUCUACGUCACCUUGAUAUUUCUGGUCACAAACAACUCUGUUCAGACAUAGGUUUUUAUUUGCUGCAGCAAAAAGAUAUCCUGCCUAAUAUUGUGUCCCUGGACAUUUCUGGGAGCACUUACAUCACUGAUAGAGACGUAGAACAUUUUAUACGGAAUCACCCUUCAAUACAAUUUGUGGGACUCUUGGCUACGGAUGCUGGUUAUUCUAAUUUCUUCACUACAAAGCGAGGCUUAAAGGUUGCUGGAGGAGCCAAUUUGAGUCAAAUUGCUGAAGCACUGAGCAGAUACAGGAACAGGUCAUGUUACAUGAAGGAGUGUCUCUACAAACUCUUCACAGAGACGUUUUCAGUACAUGUAAGCAUGCCUGCUAUUUUAAAGCUUGUAGCUAUAGGAAUGAGGAAUCACCCUUUGGAUUUGACAGUGCAGUUCACAGCCAGUGCCUGUGUCCUCAAUUUAACACACCAGGGCCUGGCCCGGGGGAUGCCUGUGCGCCUGUUGUCGGAGGUUACCGGUCUGCUUUUCAAAGCUCUGAGAAAUUUCCCCAGUUACCUACAGUUACAGAAGAAUUGUCUUCUCUCCUUAACCAAUUCCAGAAUUCUCAUGGAAGUUCCAUUUGACAGGUUUAGUGCUACGAGGUUUGUCUUAGGGUGGCUCUACAGGCAUGAGAACCCCAAGGUCCAGACCAUGGUGGUGAGCAUCGUCUCCACCCUUGCCCUGCAGCUAUCACGUGAGCAGGUCUCAGAGCUGCAUGAAGACCUCUUUUUGGCAGUGAAGGAACUUCUAGCAAUAGUAAAAAGAAAGACUGCAGAGAAUUUAGAGGAUGCCACCCUCUUGUUUUCUCUGAAAGCACUUUGGAAUCUUACUGAUGAGUCUCCAGCUACCUGCAAGCAAUUUAUGGAGAAUCAAGGAUUGGCAGUCUUCAUCCAAGUUUUAGAGACUUUUCGAGAUUCUACAAUACAAAGCAAAGUACUUGGUCUUUUGAGCAACAUAGUUGAAGUCCGAGAGCUCACGUCCAAGCUGAUGACUGAAGAUGUCAUGAAGCAUAUCAGCAUUUUACUCCACAGCAAGAACAUGGAAGUGAGCUAUUUUGCUGCGGGUAUAAUAGCCCACCUAGCAUGUGACAAACGGCCCUGGCCAUUCUGUGCCGCUCAGAGGAGUGCUCUUCUCCAGGACUUGCAUGCAACCAUCCAGAAGUGGCCGAGUUCACGAUGUAAGAUGUCGGCAUUGGUGACUUACAGGUCCUUCAAGGCAUUUUUCCCACUCCUUGACAACUUCUCUCAACCAGUGGCUCAGCUCUGGGCACUGUGGGCUGUGUAUCAUGUCUGCAGUAGAAACCCUAGUGUAUACUGCAAAAUGUUAGGCGAAGAAGGAGGAUUGCCACUUUUGUGUAAUAUCCAGGCACACCAUCAGACAAAUCCACAGGUUCAGCAGAUGGCGGUUUCCUUUCUGGAGGACUUCAGGAUGUAUUUCACCACCUACAGGAAACACACUGUGUGUUGAGUGCACUUCCUGAACCUAAGAGGCCCUGGAGAUGUGCCCUGUUCCCCAGCAGCAGGCCCCUGGGUGUUGAAGCCAGGUGUUGGAGCUUGUGAGUUGGCUGUCUCAUUGGCCUUUUUUAAAAAAAAUUUUUUUGUUGUUGUUAAGUUAUGAAAGGGGUGUAUUUGUAUGCUAGCCAUUACCUCAGGUCAAGGUGAAAUCCUUUUGGGGACCCUCCCUCAGCAGCAGUUUGUAAAAAGUCAAACCACAGACUUGGAGAAGACCUGGGAGCUUGUGUUGAAAGAGCUGAGCUAGUUUUCUCUGGCCUUGGACGGUUUCUCUGUGUGGGGAGCUUGUCAGAUGGAUAGGACUUGUGAACCCAGAAGAGGAACCAAAGACCUACCAGAAAAUCUUGCUGGUUGUUAAAUUUCCUCAGUUCCUGGAUAAAAGAAACUACCAGAAAAGAAAUAUAUUGAGAAAAUAUACUUGUAGAUUUUGUUUGGAAGGCAAAACUUGUGUUGGAAAAUAAAGGUAUUUUUUUACAGAUACCAAAUAUUUU